CACAAGGAUCACAGGCACAAUGCCCGGCUAGUGCGCUAGAACAGAUAUUCGGAUACAUGCGGUCCAACGGGUUUCGAUAUGACAUAAUACCUACCUACACCCAGACUUGGUUUAUUAAGAGAGUCAGUGAGUGUGAGAACGAUAUCCUGGUCUCGCCUACAAUCCAAUUUGACAGCACAAGGCCAACAUUGCUUCAAUGUUAUUUGUGGUUGAUCAGGACGGCAGACAACGACGUUGAAUGGCAGCCGGACAGUCCCGAUGCCUACGGUUGACAACAUGCUCACAAACGAACAGCCUGAAUACAAGGCUGCGAAACGUGAUCGUGACUGGGUGCCAAGACCUGGCGGAAGCUUUAG